AUGAAGGUCCUCACUUCACUAGUCGUUCUGGUCUCGGCAGUAAAAGCUCACUAUUGGAAAAACGUCCGUCAAUGGACAGGCUACCAGUCCAACGGUCCCGUAACCAGCGUCUCCUCCCUCGACAUCCGCUGCAACGUCGGCGCCUCCACCAAAUCUGUAUCCACCAUCGACGUAGCCGCGGGCUCAACACUCGGAUUCACUGCCAAAUCAUCCAUCUCGCACCCAGGGCCGUUACUUGUAUAUCUUGCUAAAGUGCCAGAGGGCAAGACGGCGGCGAACUGGGAUGGGAGUGGGAAUGUGUGGUUUAAGAUCUAUGAGAUUGGGCCUAAGUUUGGGGGCUCGUUGAGUUGGCCUGCUAUGGGUCAAACUAACAUAAACUUCAAAAUCCCUUCCGCGACACCCAGCGGCGAGUAUCUCGUUCGCGUCGAGAGUAUCGCAUUACACUCUGCUAGCGGCGCUAAUGGGGCUCAAUUCUACAUCUCGUGUGGACAAAUCAAUGUCACCGGUGGUGGCAGUGGCAAACCGACGGAUCUGGUGGCGUUCCCGGGUGCGUAUAAGAGUAGUGAUCCGGGGAUUAUGUUGAAUAUUUAUUAUCCUGUUCCGACGAGUUAUGCUAUGCCGGGACCGGCUGUUUGGAGUGGUUGA